CAUUUAGCACUUGUCCAGCAUCCUACCUAAAAAAGGACUGGUCUCGUUCUAGUCCAUUCAGGAUUUCAAGGAUGAUGUUUUCAGAAACGCUUUCUCGGCAGAUGACUCCUUUUGCAGAAUCUAUGGUUAGUUCGAUCCGAACAUUGUAAAAGAACGGGCAGAAUGAAUUUUAUCUAAAUUUUUAAUCUUGUUCGUGAAUCAUGUUCGAAAAAUACCUGGUGACAGUACAAUCUACUUUUCCGUCUAGAAUGUGGUUUUACAGUUCUUAAGUGUCAAAUAGAACGGAUUUUGGAAGGAAUGCAGAAGAUAUCUCGUGAUGUGCACUUAGUGUAUUGUUCAGAGGAAUUACGGUCGCGUUUGAGUAAACGGAAGAAGUGAAAAUUCUAAUUAGAAAGCCAAAAAAUAGGCAAGGACGCAUUUCUACUUAUUUUAUUCAAGUGAAUACUUCUUUGUGCUCUAGAAUUAGGGAUUCCAAAUGGUGCCUUUUUCAGAUUAGUUCCCAUCUAUCUUGAAAACGUGACAAUAUGUUAAUACUAUCUGUUUCAUAUAACGCCCUCGAUGCCCAAAUUUUCCCUUUUCCCAAUGGAUGAGAAGAGUGGUGGAAACCUUAUCAUUUGCAUUAAAAACGGAACGGUUUGAUGUCCGGUAGUGUUAUCAUCUAACUGUCCUUCUGUAUGUUGUUAUAGAGUUCGGAGCUUCAAAUAAGGGAAGUGCACACGUUGUGGUUCAUUGUGGUUUAGGUGCAAAAGUGUCAGUGGUAUACGUAUGUACGGUAAAGUUUUAGAAAAAAAAAACAUCUCACGUUCCAGUUUGAGACGUUACGUACAACACGCGAAAAAAUUAUGUUUGGCUGUGCCAGGAAAAUCUGUUUUUCAAGGAUAUACAACUAUUUGCUAAGGACUUUAAUUUUGAUUAUUCUUGGUUGUGUCGACAUAAAUAAUGGUCUAUCUUCAUCCUAUGUGGACAAGGAAAAUAUAUUAUUAAAUCAAAAUUUAAUAAUAUCGCAACAGCUACCAGUCUUGUCAACAUCAUCGAUGUCAACAGCAGAUAGUGGCAUUAAUAUAUUACAGACAAGACUGCGACAGUCGAGUAUGGGUUCCAACCACAAUGACGAUGAAAGCACUAAUACCAGUAGUGGCAGUAGUAACCCAAGCAGCAGCAUAAGUAGUAGCAUAACUGGUAUAAGUAGUAGUAAUAGUCAAAAUAAAAUAUAUGAGAAUACCGUCGACUCACAUACAGAAGACAACCUUAAUAAGGAAACUGCAUAUGAGGACAUAUACAAGUCUCCAAUGUACUUUGGUACAGAAAAUUCAACAGUGAUAACAACACAAAUUGGAGCGACGGCCCAUAUUCCAUGCACAAUACAUAACAUUGGCGACGGCGUGGUCUCAUGGAUCCGGAGGAAAGAUUAUCAUUUGCUCACAGUUGGCCUGACAACAUACAGCAGUGACGAGAGAUUUAGUGCUACACAUCUAAAGCAUUCGGAGGAUUGGACGUUGCAGAUAAAAUUUGUCCAGCUUCGUGACGCUGGCAUUUAUGAAUGCCAGGUAUCUACUCAUCCGCCCACAUCGAUAUUUUUGGCUCUAAAUGUAGUCGAAGCACGUGCUGAAAUAUCAGGGCCGCCAAUACGGUACUUAACGCCGGGAUCAACGCUUCGUUUAAUGUGUCGUGUCUUGCAAAAUACGGAGGCGUCAGAAUUUAUCUUCUGGUACCAUGACAAUAGGAUGAUUAACUACGAUAUCGAUCGCGGGAUUAAUGUAUCAACUGAGGCGGAUUUUCAAUCAUCGGAAUUGACUAUUUCUAGGACGAGACGUGAGCAUUCUGGGAAUUACACCUGCGUCGCUAGUAAUGCACAACCAGCUAGUGUAUUAGUCCACAUUUUUAAAGGCGAUAAUCCAGCUGCAAUGUACCAUGGUCAUGUUGGAUCUUCGAAUAAAUCAUAUCAGAACCAACUUCUUUUACAAAUUAUGUUUAUAUGCACAGUAGGAUACUCCACUUAUGUUUCACACGUGCAGUACUUUGUAUAAUAAAGUAUGAUUCCUCAUUUCUAUUAAAGGUGAUAUAGCCGAUUCAAAACGUACUUCAGUAAUACGAAAAAUGAAUAGAUGAAACUUGAAGGACAUAACAGAUAAAUCAAAUUUAGUUAGGUAAUUUAUUUUAUUAUGGCAAAAAGGAGAUAGAAGAAGGAAACAGUAUUUGAUUACGUUUGGUUUUUUUCUAAGAGGACAAGUGUCUACAAAAUGUUUACAUAUAAGAUACUGUAAAAUAAACUGUAUAAAGUAAUAAUGGAAGUAAAA